AAAAGUCCCCACCUCCUCCCGCCCUUCCCCAUCCUGAGUAUUUGAGAAGCCUGCUUGCUAGGCAGCUGCAGGCCAGGCGGCCCGCCUCUCCACAGCAGAGCAGACUUCUACCGACUUCUGGAACCCGGAGCGUGGAAGAGAUGCGCAGCAGGAGCAACUCCGGGGUCCGCUUGGAUGGGUACGCACGGCUGGUGCAGCAGACCAUCCUGUGUUACCAGAACCCUGUCACGGGGCUGCUGUCUGCCAGCCACGAGCAGAAGGAUGCCUGGGUGCGAGACAACAUCUACAGCAUCCUGGCCGUGUGGGGCCUGGGCAUGGCCUACCGGAAGAAUGCUGAUCGGGAUGAGGACAAGGCUAAGGCCUACGAGUUGGAACAGAAUGUGGUGAAGCUGAUGCGAGGUCUGCUGCAGUGCCUGAUGAGGCAGGUGGACAAAGUGGAGAAAUUCAAGCACACUCAGAGCACCAAAGACAGCCUGCAUGCCAAGUACAACAGCGCCACCUGCAGCACUGUGGUGGGCGAUGACCAAUGGGGCCACCUGCAGGUGGAUGCCACUUCGCUCUUUCUCCUGUUCCUGGCCCAGAUGACGGCCUCAGGUUUGCGUAUCAUUUUCACUCUUGAUGAAGUGGCCUUUAUACAGAAUCUCGUUUUUUACAUCGAGGCUGCAUACAAAGUCGCUGAUUACGGCAUGUGGGAGCGUGGAGACAAGACUAAUCAAGGCAUUCCAGAAUUGAACGCCAGCUCUGUAGGAAUGGCCAAGGCAGCGCUGGAGGCAAUUGACGAACUGGACCUUUUUGGAGCCCACGGAGGGCGCAAGUCAGUGAUCCAUGUCCUGCCUGAUGAAGUGCAGCACUGCCAGUCGAUUCUGUUCUCCAUGCUGCCCAGAGCAUCAACGUCCAAGGAGAUUGAUGCCGGACUUCUUUCCAUUAUCUCUUUCCCGGCCUUUGCGGUCGAAGAUGUGAACCUGGUGAAUGUGACCAAAAAUGAAAUUAUUUCCAAGCUGCAGGGACGAUAUGGAUGCUGCCGCUUCCUUCGAGAUGGCUAUAAAACUCCGAGAGAGGACCCAAACCGACUGCAUUAUGACCCUGCUGAACUCAAGCUUUUCGAAAACAUUGAAUGUGAGUGGCCUGUGUUCUGGACAUACUUCAUAAUAGAUGGAAUCUUCAGCGGUGAUGCUGUCCAGGUCCAAGAAUACCAGGAGGCCCUAGAAGGAAUAUUAAUCAGAGGCAAAGAUGGGAUCCGCCUGGUGCCAGAACUCUAUGCCAUCCCACCUAGCAAGGUGGAUGAAGAGUACAAGAAUCCUCACACAGUGGACAGAGUUCCUCUGGGGAAGCUACCCCAUCUGUGGGGCCAGUCCUUGUACAUCCUCAGCUCGCUGUUGGCCGAGGGAUUCCUUGCCACUGGUGAAAUCGAUCCCUUAAAUAGAAGAUUUUCCACAUCCAUCAAACCUGAUGUUGUAGUACAAGUCACGGUUCUGGCGGAGAACAGUCACAUUAAGGAGCUGCUGAGCAAACACGGGCUGAACAUCCAGAGCAUAGCUGACAUCUACCCGAUUAGAGUCCAGCCGGGCCGCAUUCUCAGUCAUUUAUACGCCAAACUCGGACGGAAUAAGAAUAUGAAACUGAGUGGGCGACCGUAUCGGCACAUUGGUGUCCUGGGAACGUCUAAAUUAUAUGUGAUUAGGAACCAGAUCUUCACUUUCACACCCCAGUUCACCGACCAGCAUCACUUCUACCUGGCCCUGGACAAUGAGAUGAUGGUAGAGAUGCUGAGGAUCGAGCUGGCUUACCUGUGCACCUGCUGGCGGAUGACAGGCCGACCCACGCUUACCUUCCCCAUCACUCACACCAUGCUCACAAAUGAUGGCUCAGACAUUCACCCUGCAGUUCUCUCUACAAUUCGAAAACUUGAGGAUGGAUAUUUCGGAGGAGCUAGAGUCCAGUUAGGGAACCUUGCGGAAUUUCUCACCACAUCGUUCUACACGUACCUGACUUUCCUGGAUCCAGACUGUGAUGCGAAGCUGUUUGAUGGUGCCAGCGAAGGGAGCGUCAGUCCCAAUAGCGAGUCAGAGUUGGGAGGAUAUUUAGAAGACACUGAUAAUCAAGAAAACCAAGAUGAACUUGACAAGUAUAUCAACCACCUUCUGCAAAGCACUUACUCCCAGUGCCACCUGCCACCUCUGAGCAAGAAGAUGGAGAACCACAAUAUUUUCAGUGCCAUCCACUCCACUCGGGACAUACUUUCCAUGAUGGCAAAAGCAAAGGGUUUGGAAAUUCCAUUUGCUCCCAUGGCUUUGACAACUAAAGCGCUCAGUACCCACCGCAAGUCACUGAAUCUUGUUGACUCUCCUCAGCCACUCCUUAAAAAGGAGCCUGAAGGUGACUUCCAGUGGCUCGGAGAUGACCAAAGUGGCAUGGACUGCGAGAAGCUGCUUGAGCAGUUGAAGGAUUGCUCCAGUCUACAGGACCAAGCAGAUAUCCUGUACAUUCUUUAUGUCAUCAAGGGUCCCAGCUGGGACACAGCCCUCUCUGGACAGCACGGGAUCACCGUCCACAGCCUGCUCAGCGAGCUCUAUGGGAAAGCUGGCUUGAACCAGGAGUGGGGGCUCAUCCGCUACAUCUCAGGCCUGCUCAGGAAGAAAGUGGAGGUCCUGGCCGAGGCCUGUGCAGACCUGCUCUCCCACCAGAAGCAGCUCACGGUGGGCCUGCCUCCAGAGCCCCGGGAGAAGACCAUCUCUGCGCCCCUGCCCCCGGAGGAGCUCACGCAGCUCAUCUAUGAGGCCAGUGGGGAGGACAUCAGCAUCGCGGUGCUCACCCAGGAGAUCAUGGUCUACCUGGCCAUGUACGUCAGGGCCCAGCCCAGCCUCUUUGUGGAGAUGCUCCGACUGCGGAUCGGACUCAUCAUCCAGGUCAUGGCCACCGAACUGGCCAGGAGCCUCAACUGCUCAGGGGAAGAAGCUUCUGAAAGUUUGAUGAACCUCAGCCCUUUCGACAUGAAGAACCUGCUGCAUCACAUCCUUAGCGGCAAAGAGUUUGGUGUUGAGCGCAGCAUGCGCCCCAUCCACUCCUCCACAUCCAGCCCUGCCAUCUCCAUUCACGAGGUGGGACAUACUGGGGUCACCAAAACCGAGAGGAGCGGCAUUACCAGGCUGAGGAGUGAGAUGAAACAGAUGACUAGGCGAUUUAGCGCUGAUGACCAGUGGCCCCAGCCAGCCCUGGCAGCUACUGCAGGCUGCAUGCCGUCUGUUUUCCAGCGGUCCAGCACCCCAUCCUCGCCCACGGGCACAUCCUCCUCUGACUCGGGAGGCCAUCACAUCAGCUGGGGGGAGCGGCAGGGCCAGUGGCUGCGCCGGAGACGUCUGGACGGAGCCAUCAACAGAGUCCCCGUGGGCUUCUACCAGAGAGUGUGGAAGAUCCUUCAGAAGUGCCACGGUCUCUCCAUCGACGGUUACGUCCUCCCGUCCUCAACAACUCGAGAGAUGACCCCACACGAGAUCAAGUUUGCUGUCCAUGUGGAGUCAGUGCUGAACCGCGUUCCCCAGCCUGAGUACCGGCAACUGCUGGUGGAAGCCAUCAUGGUGCUGACACUGCUCUCGGACACGGAGAUGGAGAGCAUUGGGGGCAUCAUCCACGUGGACCAGAUCGUGCAGAUGGCCAAUCAGCUGUUCCUACAGGAGCAGAUGACCAUGGGAGCCACAGACACUCUGGAAAAAGACCAAGGCACGGGGAUCUACCACCUCUUCUACGACAGUGCCCCGAGCGGGGCUUACGGCACCAUGACCUACUUAACCAAGGCUGUGGCUUCUCACCUGCAGGAGCUGCUGCCCAGCUCAGGCUGCCAAAUGCAGUAGGCCCUCACUUGCAGGCACCACCACCCUCAGCAUCUGUCACUCGUCCCCCACGACCCCCUGCACCAGCA